AGAAAGAGGGAACUAAGGGGGAAAGAAGGUGUCUAUGAAAAUGUAUAGAAACAUUUUGGAAUCUUAGCUCACUUUCUCCAAGAAGCUUCAUUCCCGCACCCUCUCCAUUGGAAUCUACGCCAUUGACCCUAUAGGAUCCUACUUUUAAUUCUUCACCACUUCAUUCAAACUCAUUUUUUGUCACCAUGUGCACAGCAGAGCCCACCUGCCCUGAAAAUGCCACCAUCUGCUCGGGCACAUCCUGCCUGGUUCCCCGUGAUCCGUUCAAUGACAUCCUCAACUUGGUGAUGAGCACCACGCUCACCAUCAUGCUGGCCUUGGUCAUGUUUUCAAUGGGCUGCACCGUCGAGGCAAGACAGCUCUGGGUACACAUCCGCAGGCCCUGGGGCAUUUUUAUCGGUUUCCUGUGCCAGUUUGGCAUCAUGCCUUUCACAGCCUUUGCACUUUCUCUGAUUUUCGACGUGCUUCCAGUCCAGGCUGUAGUUAUCAUUGUUAUGGGCUGUUGCCCUGGAGGUUCCAGCUCCAAUGUUUUCUGCUACUGGCUUGAUGGAGACAUGGAUCUAAGCAUCAGCAUGACGGCGUGUUCUUCAGUCCUGGCUCUGGGAAUGAUGCCUCUUUGUCUGCUCAUCUACACCUCACCCUGGACUUCAGGCGAUACCAUCCAGAUCCCUUACAACAGCAUCGGGAUCACGUUAGUGAGUUUACUUGUGCCUGUCGCUGUUGGGAUUUACGUGAAACACAGAUGGCCCAAAGCAGCCAAAAAGAUCCUCAAGGUGGGAUCCGUGGUCGGAAUCAUCCUCAUCAUCAUCAUUGCAGUCAUCGGUGGUGUGCUGUAUCAGUCCUCAUGGACCAUUUCUCCUUCGCUUUGGAUCAUCGGUACCAUUUAUCCAUUUAUCGGCUUUGGGCUGGGCUUUCUCUUGGCACGCUUUGUGGGACAACCUUGGUACAGGUGCCGCACCAUCGCAUUAGAGACGGGCAUGCAGAAUGCCCAGCUGGCAAGUACUAUUACCCAGCUGUCCUUCACCUCUGCGGAGCUUGAGGUCAUGUUCGCUUUCCCCUUAAUCUACAGUAUCUUCCAACUGGUUGUGGCUGGGGUUGCAGUGGGAAUCCAUCACUCAUUCAAGCGCUAUAGGCGGAAUACAUCGGCAGAUGAGGAUGGAGAAGGCACACAUAGCACCGUUGAGGAUGAGAAUAAGCAGAAUUAUGCCUUGGAGAACGGCAGCUUUGACUGUAAUGAGAAUGGCAACACUGAGGAUAAGGACAAAAGUACAAAUUUGUGAGAUAAACAGCCUUCUGCUAGCCUGACGGCUCAACGUUGAUCUUCUGGAGGCAUGAACUGUGAACAAGCUAUUCAAGCUCAAUAAGAGAGUGUGGAGUUAAAAUCAACCCCAGUCAAGACAACUGCAUGCACUUUCCUCCAUUGUAUAGGGAAAAAAAAAAAGAACCUUCAAAGAUGUUUUUAUGAUGAGUAUGUCCACAGGUUUGUCUUUUGUCUGUGUAUUGCGUAUUAGGGUUUGUCUUUGGUCUGCAACAUUCAGUUAAUGCAUUGUAGAUUCAGUGUUUAAGAUUACUGAAAUUCAUUGACUCAUUCAAAUGCCCUAAAAAAUGCAAGUUACCCCACCGUUGUAAAAAAGAAGAUAAAUGUUUAAUAAUUUAAAAUAACAUACAGUAGGUUGAAUGUAAGCUAAUUUUUUAAGAAUGUUACUUUGUAGACACAUAAUUGUAAUGGACCUUUAAGAAAUGUAUUGCUUUUUAAAUUAUUUAUGUAUGAUACAGAAAAGUUUUUAUAUAUUGGAAGCUCUUUUUUUUUACCAUGUUUGAGCAAUGGGACUUUUCCACUUAUAUGGGAACCAAAGCAAUGGGCCUUUUUUUUCUGAAGCUUUUCAUUGCUUUAAAUGACUUUUAACAUUUAAACAUUAACUAUUAAAUGUUUUAGAUUGUCAUUUCAACAAUGUGUUUUACUUUUUAAUAUGUUGGUGAUAUUUAUAUGCAGAAGAAAUCUCCAUAAAUAAAUUAAUAUUCAAAUGUGUUGUUA